GGCAGAAGCGACCAUGUUGGUGCAGAGUGGUGAAGAGAGAGAGAGAGAGAGAGAGAGAGACUCGUUCUUCACCCUCCUCCUCCUCCUCCUCUGUUAAAGCCUCAGACUCUCUUCUUCCUCAGGAUGUCUGCAGGUGAAGCAGCAGGAGGUGAACUGGUGUCAGUGGACUUUGAGAUCUUCGGUCACGUUCAGGGAGUCUGUUUCAGAAUGUUCACAGAGAAGGAGGGGCUGCGCCUCGGCCUCGUCGGCUGGGUGAAGAACACCUGCAGCGGGACGGUGGAGGGACAAGUCCAGGGUCCUGCAGGCAUGGUGGAGGAGAUGAAGGUGUGGCUGAGUAAAGAAGGAAGUCCGUCCAGUCGCAUCACCAGAGCCUCCUUCAAAAACCAGAGGAGCAUCGACAAGCUGGAGCUCUCCGGCUUCAAGACCCGGUUCUGAUGAAUGAAUCAAACGCGCCCCGAGAGCUGCUUCUAGAGUUCAGACCUGUUUGACAGACAAGUGUGAUGAUGAGUUUAGUUUCAUUUCCAUACGAAUCAAGACUGACGAGGAGUUUGAGUCCAAAACAGGAAGCUGAGUUUCUCUCAGAUUAAUGAAUUUAUCUUAAUAUUUUUUUCUCUUUUUGAAAAAGAACAUUUAACGUUACGUGUUGACGCCUUAAAAACCUGCAGAAUAAAAGCGGUUAAAGCCACAGUGUUUAAAUUACAUAAAUUACCACUGUCCAUAUGGAACGUUUGAAGCGACUGCUGAUAUCGAACCGAGACCUUUAUAAUCAAACUGCACAUGUUUUUACAAAGAUUAAAGAUGAAACCAGUCGUUCUGAACAUUUUUAUUUUGUGACGUCAUAUUAUUAUUAUUAUUAUUAUUACACUUCAAAAUCCUUGGAAAUAAUGAACAUGAAUAAAAGUUAAAUAAUCA